AUGUCGACCAAUUCCGUCAUCUCAUUCUCAACCACCUACCCCAUGUCCGAUGCAUCCAAGUCGGAUAGCUAUCGGAACGACUCGAGUCCGCCAACCUCAUUGAUUUCCUUGGAGUCGACCGAUCCAUUUGAAAACAGCCUAAGUGCCGACACCUUCCUUGAGUCAGAGUCUGGCAGUCAAGGUCUCAGUCCAGCCGGCAGCAUCCACUCCAGUCUCUACCCGGAUAACCUGGUCUCAUUCCAAGAGUACUUGAUGCUGGAUCUGUUUGCCUAUGGCCUUCCGACCACUGAGCCGGAUGUAGCAGCCAAGCCAACUCAGAUGCUGCCUUACCCAAGUAUCACCCCAUUAAUCACCUUGGGAACUGGGGAAGAGCAAGCACAAACUUUGGAUGAAACCCACCAAGCAGACGUCCAGGAAGCCCUCAAUGGGCUCUCCCAAACGGCGCCUGAUACUUACUUUCAUCAAGCCCAGGCCAUCAAGGACUGGUCUGGCGCGUGUUCCACCGCUCUGUCGACUGAAAGCGCGCCAUCACCCAACUCAUCAUUACCACAAGAGGCUCAUUACAUGAGCACUGCCACUUGCAUGGAUUACCCUUCAAGCCAAACUCCAGCGUCCUCUUCCAACGACUGGAGCACGAAGAACAAGCUCAACUUGACCGUCAACACGAACAUGACGGCCUUCAAGGCCGCCGACCAACUCUCCCCGAACUGCCAGAAUCCAUUGACCCCAUACUCUGAAUCAUCCGCUUCUUACAUUUCAGCCUCGGCCCCUUCGUUGUACUUCGAACCCCAACAUUCCGGCCAUCUUUCUCCUCUGGUGCCCAGUCCACCGAGCAUUGUCAACUGGCUCCACGCCAGUCUCGAUGCCCCACAAUCCAACCCCGGCGUGAGCUACUGCGAGGGCCUUCCGACGCCCUCCUCUGCAACCUUCUCGGCGGUGCCUACUCCUACCGGAAUCAGCUUCCCAUCAGAUUAUCCUCAUCCUUUGGGCAAGGAAAACUCUGCCAUGGGAAUCAACCCAGCCCAAACUAAGUUUUCCCUCCAGCUGCCUGUCCAAUCAAGCGGACUCCUCUCCCCAACAAACAUGGACCUCACCUCUGGGUUGGGAUACCAACCUGUCAGCGCAUCAGCGCCUCAGGUGCCCCAUCGCCAAUAUCAAAGCAAUGUCUACCAGCUUGUCAAUAGCCCUGCCAGCUAUUCUAGUCCCUUAUAUAGCCCGACCGAUUACUUUACUGGUCUCCCUCAAGCACCCCCUAAUAAUUAUUCCUCUAAGUUUGACCAUGCUUCCACCUUUGGACAUAUGGUCUCUGAGCCGGGCUUCUGCGCUCCCUUGGAGAAAGGGCCUUGCAGCGUGCCGCUGGCGCUCGCCAGUCCAGAAGAUCUGGACCGCUCCGAGCAGGGUAAACGAGCUCUUUCGCAGCACACGGACUCAGAGGACGAGCACCGGCCAAGCAAGAGACGGUGUUCGGCCACCAGUUGCGACUCGGCCAACGAGAACGUGAAUCCGUACCAGGCCAGCGGCGGCGUGAGCUCGCUGCUCAAGCGGGCCCCGCUCGUCGGCUCGCGGCUCAAGCCGGGCCCCAAGUCCAAGUCCACCCUCGUCCAACACCCCCCACCGGGCGCAAACGCCAUCGGACUCAACCCCUCCGGCGAGGCCUGCGGGAUCCCUAAACACGUCCUCAAGGGUCUCUACGAUGAGAUCAGCUCUCCCUCCAAAUCCGGAGACCACUCGAGCUCCAAACGCUUCGUCUGCAAGCUCGACGACUGUCGGCGUUCGUUCGCUCGCAAGACGGCCAUCGAGAGCCAUCUCCAGACCCACCUCGAGGACAAACCUUUCGUCUGUUCUACCAUUGACUGUAAUGCCGCCUUUGUGCGCCAACACGACCUGCGUCGCCACGAACAAAUCCACUUGAAGAACAAAGCACACAACUGUAUCUGUGGAAAAGGCUUCGCCCGAGGAGACGCUUUGAUGCGUCAUCGCCAACGCGGCAUUUGUGCCGGAAGUCUUGUUCCCAGACGAACCUGA